CGUUCCCCCUUUUUCAGCCAUUAAUCCUCAAAAGUCUCCAACGUUUUGUUAAAAUUCCAACUUUAUUUCACUAAAUUUGACUACCCUCUAUGCUUAUCACACAGAUCAUAGCAUAGAAGGUGAAAAGUAUAGUGUAAAACCAAAUGCCUCAUCUGCUACACGGAACGCUUAAGGUGACCAUAUAUGAAGUUGAUAGAUUACAUACUGGAUGCCAUUUCGAUUUCUGCCAGAAGGACACUACACACAAGGGGAAGAGAUUUCUGGCCCAAGUCAAGGGUUGUUUGCUGUGUCGGCCCGAGAUUGUUGGGACAAGACUCUAUGCAACAGUUGAUUUAGACAAGGCGAGAGUUGGACGAACUCGAAUGAUAGGAAACCAACCCUCUCACCCAAAGUGGAACGAAUCCUUUGAAAUCUAUUGUGCCCAUCAAAUCUCAAACAUUAUAUUCACAGUGAAAGAUGGUAACCCAAUUGGAGCAACUCUGAUUGGAAGAGCUUACAUCCCCGUGGAGCAAGUUCUCAAGGGCUCCAUAGUUAAGCGAUGGGUUGAGAUAUUAGAUGAAGAAGAUCACCGUCCCGUACCAGGACACUCCAAAAUCCGUGUCAGCGUGCAAUUCUAUGAUGUUGCUGAGGACACAACAUGCCUUUGGUCUCAGGGGAUAAGCAUGCCAUUUUUUGGAGUUCCUCGUACAUUUUUCAAUCUAAGAGAAGGUUGUAAUGUUACAUUAUACCAAGAUGCUCAUGCCCCACGUGGCAUCAGUGUUGUCCCAUUUAUUCCAAUAUCUGAAGAAAUAGACUACCUACCUGGAAGAUGUUGGCAAGACAUUUACAAUGCCAUUGUGGAUGCUAAGCACUUUGUUUACAUAGCUGGUUGGUCUAUUUACACUGAAAUAGCCUUAGUUAGAGAUAGAGAGGAAGCAAAUAUCACCCUUGGUGAGUUACUUAAGAAGAAGGCUGAUGAAGGUGUUAGAGUUCUUUUGCUUGUUUGGGAUGACAGAACUUCUGUUCCAAAUUUCAAAAAAGAUGGCUUGAUGGCAACACAUGAUCAGGAAACUGCUGCUUACUUUAGAAACACAAAUGUGCAUUGUAUUUUGUGUCCACGAAACCCAGAUGAUGGAAGAAGCAUAAUUCAAGGCUUUCAAAUCUCGACAAUGUUCACUCAUCACCAAAAAAGUGUAGUUGUUGAUAGCCAUGAUGUAGGAUCAUCACAAAAACGAAGUGUCAUAAGUUUCAUAGGUGGAAUUGAUCUUUGUGAUGGCAGGUAUGAUACCAGGGAUCAUCCUUUAUUUUCAACAUUAGGUACUGUACAUCGAGAUGAUUUCCAUCAGCCAAACUUCCCUGGUGCGUCCAUCGAUAAAGGUGGUCCAAGAGAGCCGUGGCAUGACAUUCAUUGCAGGCUAGAAGGACCUAUUGCUUGGGAUGUCCUAUACAAUUUUGAGCAAAGAUGGGAGAAGCAAGUUGGGAAGGAAUUAUUACUCUCACUUGAUGAUCAUGAUCAAAUUCUGGUCCACCCAUCUGAAGCAAAGAUAUCAGAUGUAGGAGAAAAAGAUACAUGGACUGUUCAAUUGUUUAGAUCCAUUGAUGGUGGUGCUGCUUUUGGCUUUCCCCAGACCCCAGAUGAAGUUGCUGAAUUAGGCCUUGUUAGUGGGAAAGACAAUGUCAUUGAGAGAAGCAUUCAAGAUGCCUAUAUUAAUGCUAUUAGGCGUGCAAAAAAUUUCAUCUACAUUGAGAACCAAUACUUCCUUGGGAGUUCAUAUAGCUGGAAAGCAAGUGAUGGUAUUGUGGUUGAGGACAUUGGUGCUUUGCAUCUCAUACCAAAGGAAUUGUCAUUGAAGAUUGUAAGCAAGAUCAAAGCACGAGAAAGGUUUUCUGUGUACAUAGUGAUCCCAAUGUGGCCCGAAGGUAUACCUGAAAGUGAAUCAGUUCAAGCAAUAUUAGAUUGGCAAAAGAGGACCAUGGAUAUGAUGUAUUCUGACAUUGCUAAUGCCUUAAAGACAAUGGGGAUUCAAGCACAUCCUCGUGAUUAUUUGUCAUUUUUUUGCCUUGGCAAUAGGGAGCACAAGGAAGCAGUAGAGUAUACUCCUCCACAGGAACCAGAUCCUGAUACUGACUAUAAAAGAGCACAAAAUGCUAGGAGGUUUAUGAUCUAUGUUCAUUCCAAGAUGAUGAUAGUUGACGACGAAUACAUAAUCAUUGGUUCUGCUAACAUAAAUCAGAGAUCAAUGGAGGGUGCAAGAGACACUGAGAUUGCAAUGGGUGCAUUCCAACCACGUCAUCUAGCAUCGAAUGGACGACCCAGAGGAGACAUUUAUAGGUUUCGACGUGCACUAUGGUAUGAGCACCUUGGGGAUAGUGGUAUUAACACAAAAAUCUUUGAUAAUCCAGAACAUUUGGAUUGCAUCACCCUUGUGAAUAGUCUUGCUGAGACUAACUGGGACCUGUACUCAAAGGAAACAUUUGAUAAAAAUAGAAUUUUCCACCUCAUGUGCUACCCCAUACAAGUAACCUACGAUGGAGCCAUAACAACCUUUCCAGGGUUUGAGCAUUUUCCUGACACCAAAGCUCCAAUUUUGGGUUGCAAAUCAAAAAUCCUUCCUCCAAUUCUCACCACCUAGUGUUGUGUGUAUAUGAGUAACUAACUAGAAACAAAAAAGUUUAACUUUGCAAUGACUUCUAGGAACAUUACAACAUAUUGCUAUUUUUAAUAAUAAAUGAAACUUCUUGUCUUUA